UACUCAAAUGCGUUGGAAUUGAAGAUCUACAAUUACACAAAGGCGAAACCCUCACACAAGACUAUACUACAAAAAUUUCCCAAUUUCUCUCUUCUGGGUUUCUCUGUAUCUCAAUCGAUCUGGCUUUGACGAUGAUGAGAGCUUCCUUAUAAGUAUAAAGAUUCGAUUUUUAUGAACACCCACAUAACCAUGAAACUCUGGUCAUGUUUGAAAAUCCAGCAACAAUCUCUUCGACCAGUCCUCAUCUUCGUAAAUCUGGUAGCAAAUCUGUUUUCAUUGAUCCUGGUGUAGACGUUUAUUUAGGUGUUGGUGGUGGUGUAUCAGAAAUGGGUGACCUUAAAGGUUCAAGUUCACCACUUCAUAUUACAACAAUGGUUCCUUCUCCAAUUUUCCUAUGGAGAUUUAAGGUUAUUUUGUUUCUUUUUUGGGCUCUGUGUUGCUGCAAGAUUGGAUGGGAUUCAGUUAUGAGAAUGAGUAUUGAUCUCCGGGAUUUGUUUUUGUAUGAAGCUUUUCUUUAUUACAACCCUCUUCUUCUUGUGACUAUGAUGGUUUGGCUAUGGGGAGUGAAUUUAUGGGUGUUCUCUCAAGGAAGUGUCAAUUAUGCCAAAGUCUUUGAUCUUGACCAUAACCACCUUACUCAUAGAGAGAUGUGGAAGUGUAGCAUGUGGAUGACAAUCAUUGUGCCAACUAGCAUGACAGCGUAUCUAUAUUUGUAUUCUCAUGGGGAAGUAUCUUUGGCAGCUUCACAACCGGUGCUCCUGUACAUUGCUUUUGCUUUGGUUCUGAUAUUUCCGUUCGAUAUUUUCUACUUGUCAUCUCGAUAUUUCCUGCUGAGAACAUUAUGGAGGAUAGCUUUUCCACUGCAGCCAAUUACAUUUCCAGACUUCUUUUUGGCAGAUAUUCUGACCUCCAUGGUAAAGGUAUUUUCCGACUUAGAGCGCUCCGUCUGCCGAAUGGUGCACAGACAGGUCGCAACAAUUGCUUGGUUUGAAGCUGAUGCUGUCUGUGGGAGUCAUCAAAUUGCAAUUCCAUUGGUUCUUGUUUUCCCCUACAUUUGCCGUCUUUUGCAAUGUCUUCGACAAUACAAAGAUACAAAGGAAAAAUCAUCUCUUUUAAAUGCUCUGAAGUACUCAACAGCAGUGCCUGUGAUCUUCCUUUCUGCGCUUAAAUAUCAUGUGAUGGCCGAUAGCUGGACAUCCUUUUACCGACCACUCUGGCUUUUCUCAAGUGUCAUCAACUCACUUUACUCAUUUUACUGGGAUGUAACUCGAGAUUGGGACUUAAGCGGUUUCACAAAGAUAUUCAAGUUUAGCCGUCCAAGUGCCAUAUCAAAUCUCUUAUAUGGCCGGCAAUGGGUGUAUUUCUGGGUGAUAGGGAGCAAUCUGGUACUGAGAUGCGCAUGGACAUACAAAUUAUCAGCACAUUUGAGGCACAACUACAUAACAGUGUUCACAAUUACAGCCAUGGAGAUGUUUAGACGCUUUCAGUGGGUAUUUUUCAGAGUAGAGAAUGAAUGGAACAAGAUCACCAAAUCACAUCCAAUGGGUGAGAUUUCACUUGAAGAAGACAAACUACUUGGUUCUACUACACCUCAUGAUGUUUAGCAUCACCCACCUUUUUUGUUUAUUUCCUCUAAUCCUAUGCAAAUUUCUUGUUUUCCUACUCGUCUACUCAACUCUUAUAGACACUUUUAGAAAACAUUAUACACAAUUUUUCAUGAAUUAAACCAAAUUCAAUGAAUUAUAGAUUAAUGGGUAACUAGUUUUGAGU